CAAGUAUACACCAGUCCAUGUCAUAUCAUUUGUUAUGUAGUAGUUAAGUUAUAAACACAUACAUGUCUUUUCCCCGCUUUGUGUCUUGUAAAUAAUAGACGGAAUAGUAUACUGUGAAACUAGCCAUGCGGGUCACAUGUAAAAGAGCGUGUUGUUGCUGCACUGCCAUCUGCCUCGUUAUAACAGUCAUGCUUCUUUCAUCGCAAGAGCAACAACAACAACAGUCAGAAACACUUAACGAAGACGAUGCGCCAAUUAUUAAUCCAGAUGAACUAGAACCGUUUGAACCGUCGGUCAAUGAAGACUUUCCUACGAAUGAGGACAGAAAAGAACCGUUGAUACCUCAUGUCUUUCACCAAACCCAUUCAACAGAAUAUGUUCCACAUAUUAACAUUAAGAGUGUAAAAUCGCUCAUCCAAUUCAACCCCACUUGGGACUACUUUUUCUGGACCAAUGAAAACGCACGAGACCUGAUUGCUAGACGACAUCCGCAGCUUAUAGAUGUGUUUGACAAUUUUAUUAAUCCUAUUGAACGGAGUGACUUACUGAGAUAUGUAGUACUGUACGAGAUAGGUGGGGUUUAUUUAGACACAGAUGUGGAGGUUAUACGCCCGCUAAACAGGGUCACGUACAAAUACACGUGUAUCAUUCCUAGUGAACCGUUUGAACACAGCAGUAUAUUGUAUAAAAGGGAUAUUGUCAUAAACAAUGCGAUAAUAUUUUGUCGAUCCCGUCAUCCGUUUUUAAAACAGCUUCUUCAAAACAUAGGAAAUAGCACAACUGGAUUAACAGCGAUAGACAGAACGGGGCCAGUGUUUGUUACUGAGCAGUAUUUCAUAUUUAUGCACACUCUGGUGCCAAGAAAGAGUAAUACAUCUCUAACGUACAUAGAUGGAAACGAACCGUUUGUCGUCCGUCGAAAUUGUAUAGCUGACAAUUGUGUGUACAUUCCAAACACGAUAUACUUCAACCAUCAGUAUGACAAACCUCAAAGUUUGCUGGUCGAAAACUGUAAACUCAAAAACAAGCCGCCCUUAGUAAAAAGGGGUUGUCUUAUUUUAGCAGCCCGAAAGACAGAGGUGACGUCCCAAUUUGAGUUCACGCGUCAUCACUGGGUACACACGUGGUCUCACGUGGAAAAUGACACGUGGCUUGUGCGUUUAUUUAAGUUUUUGUCGAAGCUUCGGUAUGGAUCCCAUACAGGAGGGAUACAUAUACGAGAUAUAGUGAAAAAUGUGAAAAUAUCAUGAAACUGUCUGAACAAAGUUAACAUUGGUAAGAAUGUAGCCACCUAGUGACGUCAAUACACUAUUCUAGUUUAUAUUUAAUGUUCAGUAUCAAUGUUAAAUGUGUAAAAUGAU